CCCCCUCAACUAUCUUCACGUCUCCCUGCAUCUUUGUCUCCAUGCGCAGCUGAAGCCUCCCCCUAUCUGCUAUCCCCUGGCUACUAUAUAUCACUUGCACUCCCCACCACUCCCUCCCGUUCGUGUUCCCUUCUCCCGCCUGCGUCCUCCUCUAAGAGUGGUGAGGGGUUCGUCGCUGCUAGCCAGGCAAUCAUGGCGGAGACGGUCACCAAUGUAUCGGAGUACCAGGCCAUCGCGAAGCGGAAGCUUCCCAAGAUGGCCUACGACUACUACGCGUCCGGGGCGGAGGACGAGUGGACCCUCAAGGAGAACAGGGAGGCAUUCUCCAGGAUCCUGUUUCGCCCUCGCAUACUGAUCGACGUGUCGACCAUCGACAUGACCACAUCUGUGCUGGGAAUAAAGAUAUCCAUGCCCAUCAUGAUUUCCCCCACCGCCUUUCAGAAGAUGGCUCACCCAGAAGGAGAGUACGCAACAGCACGGGCAGCGUCAGCAGCAGGAACUGUGAUGACGCUGUCAUCGUGGGCUACAUCGAGCGUGGAGGAGGUGGCCUCGACUGGGCCGGGGAUUCGCUUCUUCCAGCUCUACGUGUACAAGGACAGGAAGGUGGUGGAGCAGCUGGUGAGGAGGGCGGAGAAGGCCGGGUUCAAGGCCAUCGCGCUCACCGUGGACACCCCGCGCCUCGGCCGCCGCGAGGCCGACAUCAAGAACAGGUUCGUGCUGCCGCCGGGCCUCACGCUCAAGAACUUCGAGGGCCUCAACCUCGGCACCAUGGACCAGGCCAAUGACUCCGGGCUGGCGUCGUACGUCGCCGGCCAAAUCGACCGCACCCUGAGCUGGAAGGACGUCAAGUGGCUGCAGAGCAUCACCACCAUGCCCAUCCUCGUCAAGGGAGUCAUCACCGCGGAAGACGCUCGGCUGGCCGUCCACUCCGGCGCGGCGGGCAUCAUCGUGUCCAACCACGGCGCCCGCCAGCUCGACUACGUGCCGGCCACCAUCAGCGCCCUCGAGGAGGUCGUCACGGCCGCCCAGGGACGCAUCCCGGUGUACCUCGACGGAGGCGUCCGCCGCGGCACCGACGUCUUCAAGGCGCUCGCCCUCGGCGCCUCCGGUGUCUUCAUCGGGCGGCCGGUGGUGUUCGCGCUGGCGGCGGAGGGCGAGGCCGGCGUGCGGAACGUGCUGCGCAUGAUGCGGGAGGAGUUCGAGCUCACCAUGGCGCUCGGCGGGUGCACCAAGCUCAGCGACAUCACCCGCAACCACAUCUUCACCGAGGGCGACCGCCUCGGGCGCCCCCUGCCGAGGAUGUAAGCAAGAGCCAGCGGCAUACGAACGCGCCCAUCGCCGAUCAUCGCCGUCUCGACGCACGGCCGGGCAUGCUAGCCAAGUAUCCACUGCAACGCACGCAAUAAUUACCGCGAACUCUAUACCUACGACAUCGUCAGCGCCAAGAUGCUAGCCGUGUGUGUCCGGCCGGGGACGGUGAGCCGUAGUAGAUAAAUUUUGCGUACUGUCCACCGGCACGUCUCGCCAUUUGACCAUAUUUUACACCGACUACACAACCAUAUUGUAUUCCAAAUCCUAUUGGGUCCGCACAUAUACACUCAUCGAUUCUGUAUUUAUCAUACAUUAUCAUCGAGUAAAGCUUAUAUGGAUACGGGUGUGAA